UGCCUGAGCCCCAUCUGCCGGGAGGCGUCCGAGUAUUCUCACCCCCCAGACGAAACCCAGCGGUCGUUCAUUUCGUGUUCAUAUCUUCGGUAGAAAUGGCGGCCGCAAACGGAGGGAAGAAGUUUUUGCAGCAAGUUGUGAAGAUCAUGUCAGAGGGAGGUUUCGAUAAGAAUUUAUCAAAACUGCGUGUCGUGUCAGGUGGCAAUGGUAAAUGUGUUGCAGAGAUGACCGUGGAAAAAGAACAUGAAAAUCGUGGAGGCACUCUGCAUGGGGGACUCACAGCCACACUGGUUGAUGUUGUAUCAACAAUGGCACUAAUGACCACAGAAAAAGCUGUCCCUGGGGUGUCAGUGAAUAUAAAUGUUUCAUACAUGAAGGCAGCAACAUCGGGACAAGAAAUUGUCAUCAAUGCAGAAACUCUCAGAGUUGGAAGAAAUUUAGCUUUCUUAUCUGUAGAUAUAACUAACAAGGAAUCAGGUGCUCUCAUUGCCACGGGGAGCCACACUAAAUACAUUGGAUAAAUACAAACUUGUUUCUAUACAAGAUGUCAAUAAAUAUUUUGCCAUAGAAUGCAGUAUAGUUUAUUAACAAAAAUAAUUUAUUAUGUAAUGAUAUCAAGGGAGGAGAGUUACUAAGAGAGAUGCCUUAUAAUAUUGAUCUAGCCAAUGUCAGAUCAUGCAGUUAUAAAUACUGAAUUUUAGCAAAUAGCAUAAUAAGUGUUUUGUAUAAUUUGUUACUAGUUUUCAUAUUGUACAUAUUAUACUUUUCUUACCUCAUACAAAUGUAAGGUGCAAAUAAAAUAUUUAACUUGAA